AUGGGCCGACGACAUACCGUGCUGCUACAAAGUAGUGGCCGUGCGUUGGGGUUGGGGGCGAAUAAGCACGGCCAGUGCAACAUUCCUGAAAUACCCAGCAACCUGGACUAUGUACAGGUCGCCACAGGCACGGCACACAGUGUUCUGCUGAGAAGCGAUGGCCGGGUCGUGGCCUGUGGUGACAAUCGGGCCGGGCAAUGCGAUGUUCCGCUGCUCGAAGAUGGCUUAGAGUAUGUGCAAGUCUCUGCCGGGGGCAAUCAUACUUUGCUUCUGCGCAGUGAUGGCAAGGCGUUGAUGAUUGGAGACAUCUGGCCGUUCCGAGACUUUCCGGAACCAGAGGGAGGAGAAAAGAUCGCUCAGGUCGACACAGGUUUGUUUCACUCAGUGGUGCUGACCAGCAAUGGCAACUCAUACGUGAGAGCGGACAACGAGGCGCACGAGCUGACUGUCCCGCCCAUCGAGAGCAGCCGCAGGUACGCCUCCGUCUCUGCCGGAGACUUCCACAUCGUGUGGUUGCGAGAUGACGGUCGAGUAGUAGCUGCUGGCGAUAACCGAUAUGGCCAGUGCAGCAUACCCUACUUGGAGGAGGGCGUAGAAUAUACCCAGGUCUCUGCCGGUGGAUUACAUACGGUUCUCCUCCGAAGCGAUGGGCAUGCCCUAUGUGUGGGCAACAAUCGGUGUGGACAGUGCAACAUUCCAGCACUUCCUGUUGGUUUGAGAUAUGAAGACAUUUCGGCAGGUGCUGUGCACACAGUGCUGCUUCGUAGCGACUCCCAGGUGCUGGCUUUUGGGUCGGAUGAUUGGGGUCAGUGUCGAGUACCAGAGCUACAGGCCGGUGAGGUUUAUGUGCCGAGUCGCUGCCAUUUGGCCGACCCGCCCAUGGUCAUGCAGCUCGUUCCUAGCGACUCAGAAUGCCAGCAUUGGCAAUGCCUCAGCCUCGCAGGACGUGCAGUCCUAAGUUUCACGCUGUCUGAGGUUUGCUUUGAGGAGUUCUGGUCACAUCUCACGGAGCAGCUUCGGCUGCCGAAGCAGAAGCUUCAGGUAGUGCUGCCCAACGGAGAACUGCUGUGCCACCGCAGGCAUGCAUGGAACAACUUGAUGACCCAACGUGCGCUAGGCGCCUGA